CGCCACCGCAAGCCGUCAGUUGAACAGUUCCACUCGGUUCUCAGUCGUACGCCAAACAGCGUUCUUGUACAUCGCGUUCUCUGUUGUCGCUUGUCGGGUUUUGUUGGCCCGUGUCGUACUGCGUCCGCACCCUUAUCAAAACGUUCCCGCAUUGAGAUCGAUCUGCACGUCUCUACAUUGUGAUAACGCAUGCCGAUUCUGUGUGACGUCAUGACUACAAUGUCUUGUUUAUUAUAGUGUUGUGUGCGUCGUAGCAGCGGUUGUCGGAUUGUUGUCUUGUGUGUUUAUAAAACAUUAAACCGUGUUGUUGGUCGUCGUACGCCGGCCGUCCGGAGCUCAGUCUCACAACUUCAUGAGCAUUCUCGGCGUGAGUGCUAGCGGCGAGCCAGUAUGGUCGCGUGAUCGGUCAUCAUGCGCCUCUUCCGCGGGCCGAAGCGCAGGGAAGUGACCGGGCCGCAGCUGCAGGGGCAGGGCUCCGCGACACCGUCUCCGCGCCGAGACGCUGCCGUCGCUACACAAGCCCCGCACGACUACACGCUCGUCACCGCACUGCCCGCCAUGGUCAUGGAAGACGACGUCAAAGAGAUGAAGAAAGUAUUUGCCACGUGGGGUCGACGCAUGGGAAAGAAAUUAGAUAUGUUGAAGAAAACAGAUUGCAAGGAAAUUGAGGAUACGACGUCUAUCAAAAUUGAGACCAGUGAAGUAGAUCCUUCAAGUGUUACGGGACAAUAUAAGAAAAAACAAAAUUGGAAGACGGGUCGCAGCACUUCAGACUCAACAUCUUGUCAAAACGACAAUGACACAGAUUCUAUCCGAAGUGGCUCGAGGGAAAGAUCACCAAGUCCAUUUAAAUCUUUCUUUCACAGGAUGGGAUCAACUGGUAUGUUAAAUGCAUCCAAAACGCAAACUCUAAAUAAUAGCAAGACAACGGAAACCUUCACAAAUAGUCCAACACUAUACAGAAGCUGCUCUACAUCACACCUUUCAACAUAUAUCAAAGCUGAUGAUCCUUCAGAUGAUAUCGACUUGCAAAAUAAUCAAAAUGAAAACAAAAAUUCUCCCUCCAAGCAAAAUCAUAAUAUUUUGCAGACGGAAGAGACAUUUGUUAACUCUACAAAGGCUGUUAGUUGUGAUAAUAUUCCGAAAUUAGAUGGACAACAAAAUAGUACAUCUACUAAAAAGCCAAACUUUCCAUAUGCUUUCUUGCGAUCAAAAUUAUCAGUCUUACCAGAGGAAAAUAAUAUGUCAGCUCACAGAUCAAUAUCAAUGAGGCAAAGCUUUUCAGAGAGAAUAGAUCGAAAGUCUCCCAAAUUUAGAAGAGAACGUCUAUAUUUAAGCAAUUCGCGAUCAGAGGAGCGGUAUAAAAGCAGUGAUAAUAUAUCACUUCACGAAAAUAUUGUGUAUAAUAAUUCUAAAAUAAAAAACGAUGACGAAAUGAGUAGAAAUAAUCUUAAAAGUAACAGUGAAAUCGACGGAACACCAUACCCUUAUCGACGUGUCGAUGACAUUUCUCGUAGAUCAUCCAUGAUAUCACAUAGGCCACCGCUUGACUACGAUCCUAUGCUCGUGCCAAGAAACAGGAAUAGUCUUCCUGUAUACGAAUAUAGCUCAGCCCUUGGAUCAGUACAGGAUUUAAGGACAGAUUUAGCUUCCUCUACUCAAAGUAUUCAACAAGAAAUUCUUCAAGCUCAUCGACUCAGUAACUAUAUCAGUUCAAAUGAAUCGGGAUACGAUAGUGACGGAAGACCUACCGAUGAAUAUAGCAAUCACUCACCGCCUGGAUAUUCCUGUCAUCUAUCAAAUGGAUCCAGUGGUUUAAAUAGGGAUGUACAUAUUGGAAACUUUGCUAGACAGCUAAGUCUUAAUCAAAAGAUUAACGGAAAUAGAGUACAGAUUCCAGCUAGAAGAAGUUCCACGCCUUGUGCUCUAUUUCCAAUUGAUAGAAGUAAUUCAUACGGCUUAGAAAAUAAAAGUGAAGAAAUAACCAAACACACAAAAAACAUGUCGAAUCAUAAAAUAACGAUGGACUACAAUGAUUCUAAGCCACCGCCUUUGCCUAAAAAGAACUUUAAUAAGAAAGUUCCUUUUGUUUACAAGACUAUAACACUGGAUGAACGUGCACAAAUAAGAAAAAAUAACUUGUCACAAUCACUCUCGUUUGAGCAUUCGUCGACGCCAAACCUCAGUGAUAAUAUUGCGAUUUCAGAACACAGUUCCGAAAUACUUCGUCUUCAAGAUACAGAUAAUAUCUUUGGACGAGGGCAGUGCACAAAACGGUUUAGAAAGCUGAGGCUAAUUAAAUCAAGACUAGAUGAGAGUUUAGGUGUUUACCUCGCUCAACAUAGGGCAGACAUUGAUAAUAGUAGCUCCAACUACGAAAUACGUUACAUUGUUGUUAAACUUGACUUCGACGGUAUUGCACACAGAGAUGGCAGACUUCGAAUAGGCGAUGAAAUAGUUAGUGUUAAUGGCAAAGUUCUUCGAGGCUUAUCUUCAUUAAAAGAUGUGCAACACAUCGUUAAUUCUUGCUCUACAGAAGCUGCAGUGGAAGAAGGUGCAUUAUUUCAAAGAUAUCAAGUAGAUUUAGUUAUGGCACAUGAUGAAAUAAACCCACUUAUACUAAGUAGAAUAAUAAACAAUCACCCAUUUGAGAAUAAUACUGCUUUACGAAAUACACAAUCCAGUGUACCUCCUGAUAUUAUAUCACAGACAAUCCGGAAACCCGCGAACUCUAACCAAAUAUCUAUCGAGACUCACUUUCCAACCGUAAAUAAAUAUUAUGUUAAGGAGCCGUCUAAUAAUCGCGAACAAUUUAACUCCCACCAAAAAUGUGAAGUUGGCGUUCAAGUAAAUAACAGCUUUUUAACAUCUAAUCAAAAGAGCGACGACGAAAAAAUACUAGAACGAAAUUAUUACACACCGCAUAACUCAUUACAAAAUAUAACGAAUAUAGAAAUAUCUAUGCGAUCACCAUCUUCAACAAGGAACAAUAAUACUAAUUAUAGGCCUAUCUCAUUCCAUAGUCCUAGACAACCACCGAUUAUUUCAGCUUACGAAAACGAAAUCAAAGAAAACGCACACUAUAUAAAAAAUGUUCCUAGGCUUUAUCAAAACCGAUCGUUUGAAAGCAUACCAGAACAGCUGAGAUCAAGUAGCCGGAGUAGGUUUUUCAGCAGAGUGGGCUCACAAAGAUGUUCACCAAAUCAUUUGGCACACGUCUCCCGCCAUCAUCGAAAUGAGAACAUCCAAGACCACUGCUCCAACAGUUCACAGCAUCACGUCGAAUUUUGGAAAGGCCCAGGGCAUAAAAGUCUUGGUUUUAGUAUUGUUGGUGGAACAGAUUCGCCAAAGGGACAGAUGGGAAUUUUUAUUAAAACAGUUUUUCCAAACGGUCAGGCGGCUGACAAAGGCUCCGUAUGUGAAGGUGAUGAAAUCUUAUCAGUGAACAAUGUGCCAACACGGGGCUUAAGUCAUGCCGGAGCAAUAUCGCUUUUUAAACAAGUUAAGGAAGGAAAGAUUGAAUUGACGCUUUCAAGAAGAAGAGCUCCUAGGUCAAGAUCUGUUGAACCUCUUGGGAAAUACCGCAGUGAUAACAACUAAAUGCAUCUAGCGGCGAAUUGUCCAAAGAACCAAAUUUUUCAAACGUGCAAUAUUCUUCAUGAUAUCAAAGCCAAAGGCGUCGUAACGAAUCUUAAUGCUUUUCUUAAAUUAUUUAUGUACGUAGUACUUGUGCCCUUAUUUUAGGCUUAUCUGCUUCAAAUGUAUGAAAAUAAUAUAUAUGUAGAUAAACUGUAAGCUUUAUUAAUUAUAAGUGUAAUGUAAAUUAACAUUUAACUAGUUUGUAUCAUUCAAUUGUGAAUAAAAGACUGUAUUAUUAAGAGCUAUACUUUCUAUUUACUUGUAUCAAUAGAAUUGCUAGAUCUCGUUUUCCCAUUCGUUUUUUGCUGUCAACCCUUACAUAACUUUUUUAGUACUUGGUACAGACGCCAGUGUCUAUGUUAAGUAUUUCUUUGUAAGUGUUUAUACAUUAAUGUUAAAUGCAGUCGCUAGCAAUUUUGAUAGACGCACUGUUUGUUACAAUCGAUAACCGAAUAAGCCUUAUUUUACACAAUGUUAUAGACUGAUACUGUAUCCAAUAUCAUUGUACCUAUGAAUACUGCCAAAGUUUUAGUCAUGUGUGAUUAAUAUUUAUAAUGUAUAUACAUGACACCAAGGCUACUGGUACACGAGGCUAAAUAAAAACUUUGUCGCAUAAUAGUGUAAGCGAGUGCGCGAUAUAGGCAAUACUCCUCCCCCGUUUUGUGCUGCGCGUGCCGCGAGCUUUGGUGUUAACAAUAUAAACAGACUCAUAACUAUUUUAAGAAUAUUGUAGUUUUAAAAGCGGUUAUAUUCAUUAUAGGAGAUAUAGCGCGUAGAAUGAAUACAUAUAUUGAAACUUUAUGUGCUUCUACAAUAAUAAACUGUACUAAUUCAAGCUCCGCCUCACAGCUUUCUAGUGUAGUUUAAUUAAUAUUUUAAAACAAAUAAACUGAAAGCAGUAGCUCCGUCCAAUGUUGAAGUCAAUUAUUAAUAAUUGAAGAAUACAGAAUCUGAAUAGCUGAUAUAUUAUGUGUACCUACCGUUAAACACCGACCAACUGUUGUCAGAAAUGUUUAUUGUGGAAUUAAUGCAACGACAGUAUUGUUAUAUUUAUAAUUACGGUUUGUAAAUAAUUUAUGCAACAAUGCUUCCAUUUCUUUAUAAAAUAAACAAUCAAUAUAA